AGGGCGAAUCGAUUAGGUUUUAUUCAUCCAUCAGCCAAAGGGAGGGAAACACUUGUUCGUAUUACAGGUGGAAUGAAAGUCAAGGCUGACAGGGAUGAAUCAUCUCCAUACGCAGCUAUGCUUGCUGCCCAAGAUGUUGCCCAGCGAUGCAAAGAACUUGGUAUUACUGCUUUGCAUAUUAAGCUAAGAGCCACUGGCGGGAAUAAAACAAAAACACCUGGUCCUGGUGCUCAAUCUGCUCUUCGGGCACUUGCUCGAGCUGGCAUGAAAAUUGGGCGUAUAGAGGAUGUAACUCCCAUACCCACAGACAGCACUCGCAGAAAGAAAGGGUGGAAGGAGAGGAAGGAGGCUCUAAUUCUUCAAGUUCUCUUCAAUUUCUUUUUCUCAGUAUCGAAAUGUUUCAACCCAACUGUGUUACUUGUAAAUUUUGAACAGUCGAGUGACUUUUCACUCGUUCGAUUCGAUUAUCUGUAAGGUGCUAUGGCCUGGUUGUGAUACGAUGAUGGGCGUUACAUCAAAUUACUUUGGUUCA